CCACGGAUUGAGGUGACCAAGUGGCCUCCACAGGGCCGCAACACUCAACGCCGCUGCUGUCCCAUCAGCAUCACAAAAGUGAAAGAUUCAAGACCAGUUUGUUCGCCCGUCCUGUCCGACCGUCCUUUCAUCGGGUGGCCCCCUUCGGUGGACACAACGUUUAGUGCGUGAUUACCGCAUCCAACCCCAGCUAGGGACCAGUUUCGAUGUUGAUACUUCCGACAUUGGGGCCAAAGUGAAUCGAUCGCAGUUGAACCCCGGUAGUUUGACUGUGUUUUUUUUGCAGUGUAAAAAGUGACAAGAUUUUGUCGAACCAACGGGGUUCCACUGUAAAUUUGCGUUAUUUGUUUCUCCUAGAUAGCUUCUACAUGCGUGUUCGGUGAAGAAAAUCAAGUUCGUUCCGAUUUCCUGGUUGUCAAGACCAGGUGGCUGAGCCAGAUAUUAUUAGCUAGUGACGCUUCAAGUUCCAGCAGCAAAAUGCAGCAGCUUCCUGGCACGGCUCGAACAUCCAGCAGAAGAGGCCGGUCAACGGAGACAACGACCGUGAUUGGAUUGAUUUGCUGCGCCGCCGUGAUUUUGCUUGCCACCGUGGUGGAACCCGCUCAAGCCCAAAAAGAGCCCGACACCAGCAACGUGUUCAACACCUCGUCCUGCCUCGAGAAACCGUACCGCUGCCCACAUCCGAGAAUCAAAUUCUACCUGUACACCAAACGCACCCAGCAAAACCCGGAGCUGAUCGACGUGCUGGACCGGGAAUCGCUGUACAACACUCACUGGAACCCGAAACAUCCGGUCAAAAUUGUGAUUCAUGGCUUCGGCGGCGGUCGCAACCUUUCGCCGAGUCGACAUGCGGCGUACUUCAUCCGGGGGAACUACAACAUCAUCAUCGUGGACUACGGAUCGGCGGUGACGGAACCAUGCCUCAGUCAGAUCGAGUGGGCUCCCCGCUUUGGCAGCUUGUGCGUUUCGCAGCUGGUCAAGUACAUUGCGCAUCACCCGCGCGGAGUUCCUCCGGACAAUUUGCACCUGAUUGGGUACAGCGUGGGGGCGCACAUUGCUGGUUUGGUGGCGAAUUACCUGACGCCGGACGAGGGCAAGCUUGGUCGCAUUACCGGACUGGAUCCGACCAUCUUUUUCUACGCCGGGACGAACAACUCGCGGGAUUUGGACUCGAGCGAUGCGCACUUUGUGGACAUUAUUCACACGGGGGCGGGAAUCCUCGGCCAGUGGAGCGCUAGUGGACACGCUGACUUUUACGUGAACGGUGGGACUAGCCAGCCAGGUUGUGCGAGCAGCACCAUCUUUCAAACGCUUGCCUGUGAUCACACCAAGGUCACGCCAUAUUUUAUCGAGUCGAUCAACAGUGAGAAAGGCUUCUGGGCUGGUCCUUGUACCACGUUGGUGUCCUACCUGCUCGGGUGGUGUGAACCCAAGGACUCCGAGUAUGUGCUGAUGGGGGAGCACGUGUCGCAAAGGGCCCGUGGCGUCUACUACGUGACGACCAACGCCAAGCCGCCUUACGCGCGUGGGUUCCCCGGCAAGAACCGCCGGACGGCCAAGAACUCCGAGUACAGCGGAGUUCGACGGAAAUAGUUCACGCCGCUGCUGCCAUCAAUCGAUCCACCCGCACAGUCAUCAAAAGCAAAACGGUUGUGAUAACAGAAAAAAGAGCAAAGUGAACAAAAGUAAUGUGGUGUGACAAUCGAAGACAAAUUUAUGGAUUUUAGGUAGUUAAGGGUGCGCGCGAAAAUGUUGACGCCAAGUUGACGAUUACAAGAAAUUGAAGGAAGAAUGCAACCAAACAGGUUAACAAGUAUAAUUAAUACAUUAAGGUAGCAUGUAUAUCUGUCUACUAGGGUAGAUGCUAACAUUAACAGUGUACAAACCAGUUUAUUUAUGCACUCUGCUUAGAUUACUAAUCAGGGCGCGAUUGGAAAAUAGCAGAAUCAGCAAACCAGUUGGAAUGGAUUUGGAGUGAAUAAUUUGCACCAGCAAAUCGCCUGCCAGCUGAAUGCAAGAAUAAAACAACUAGCAACUCGCCAAAUAGACGUAGAUUUCAGGAAAAGCAAUAAUGUAGAAUUAAUCGUGGAUUACAGGUUUUGUGGAAUGUGUAGUUGAUGUUAAGUUAGUGAAAUAGUAUGAGUAGUAUUGUAGUAUA